CUUGAUCAUAAUACCCCAAAAACCUUUAACAUUUUCAUCCGCCAUAGAUUUUUUCUUCCCUGAAACAAUGAAAUCUCUUUUUCUACUCCCUCUUUUCCUCACAUUUUUCCUCUACACAAUCCGUGCCGAGAUCCGAUUCUCGGAGAUCCACUCUGACUCGCGAUCCACCAUCCUUUUCGAUGAAUUUGGAUUCACCCAUUCCGGCUACCUCAACCUCACUGUCACCGAUAUUUCUUUAAUGCCACCUGGACCCGGACCUGAACCUGAUCUCUCUUUUGUCGGGUUCUUCCUCUGUACUCAAGAUUCAUGGUUGCACGUACUCGAGCAGCUUCAAGAAGGUGAAAUUCAAUGCUUCCUCCAAUCCAGUUCCAUCAUACCCGUUUUAACUUUCAACCACCCCCAGAACCCGACCCAACCGACCCGAAAUUUGAAUACUUCAAUCAAAGUAUCCGAAUCUAAUCUGUUCACUCUGGUUUUUGCCAAUUGUAUACCGAAUUUGAAAGUUUCCAUGAAUGUUCAUUCCGUGAUGUACAAUUUUAUCCCCAAAACAACAACUUUUGAUUUUUUAUCCGCAGGGAAAACUUCUCUCCCUUCAAUUUACUUCAUAUUUUUCUUAAUAUAUUUGUUCUUAGGGGCUGUUUGGAUUCGUACCCUGUAUAAAAAGCGUUUAUCUGUUCACAGAAUCCACUUUUUUAUGCUUGCGGUCGUGAUUUUGAAGGCGUUCAAUUUAUUAUUCGAGGCUGAGGAUAAGUCUUAUAUCAAGAGAACUGGAAGUGCUCAUGGGUGGGAUGUUUUGUUUUAUAUAUUUAGCUUUUUGAAGGGUAUUACACUGUUCAUUUUGAUAGUUUUGAUAGGAACUGGAUGGUCGUUUCUUAAACCUUAUUUGCAAGAUAAAGAGAAGAAGGUUUUAAUUGUGGUAAUUCCGUUGCAAGUGGUAUCGAAUAUAGCUCAAGUUGUGAUUGAUGAGGCUGGACCGUUUGGCGAAAAUUUGUAUACUUGGAAGCAAGUUUUCUUGGUUGUGGAUAUUAUCUGCUGUUGUGCAGUUCUGUUCCCUAUAGUGUGGUCGAUUAAGAAGUUGAGAGAGGCUGCCAGGACGGAUGGGAAGGCCGCAGUGAAUUUGAUGAAGUUGACAUUGUUUAGGCAUUACUAUGUUGUGGUUAUUUGUUAUAUAUACUUUACGAGGGUGGUAGUUUAUGCGUUGGAGUCUAUAACGUCGUAUAAGUAUGAGUGGACUGGUGUAGUGGCUUCCGAAUUGGCUACUCUUGGAUUUUAUGUGUUUACUGGCUAUAAUUUUAGGCCUAAAAUGCAUAACCCUUAUUUAGCUAUUGAUGAUGAAGAGGAGGAAGCUGCUGCUGAGGCACUCAAGCUUGAUGAUGAAUUUGAAUUGUGAUACUGUUUUAAGAUAAGACAGCUUGAAGGUGUAUAUUAGUAAGGCCAUGGGGAAAACUUUCACUCUAUGGAUAUUAUAACGUCAAUGAAUAAGCCUCUGUUCUCUGCAUACAGUGAAAAUAUGAAUAACUCUUCUUUUCUCAGCUCUUUUUACUAUUAGAUAAAGGUUCUGUAAUCUCUGUGGUUUUAUCAUCCACACCAUAGUUAUGUUGUUAAAUAAUUGUGGCCUGCUACUAAAUGUUAUUGAGACACACAAAAUGUUAUGUUCCCUUUGCUUUCUGUUCUUUCA